UUCGCGAUUUUCUUAAAGAAUUUUUGUUCGUAAUGGUAUUAGAUUUUUCAUGUAACAGGUGUUCUGUUAUCAAGUACUUCUUUUAAGGAAAUAUAUAUUUUUUUCAGUUUAACUUUUAUUCAUUCAGUCUAUAUUUAAAUUGUUUAAUGCAUUUAUUAUAAAGCUUGGGAGCGUAAUUGAAAAUAAAAUUUCAGAAUUAAGAUAUAUAAUGUCUGAAUCUAAACGUGAUGCUGACCAUAGCCUAGGUUUUCCUAAUAAGAAGUAUCGCAGAGACGAAAAGGAACAGUCAUCAACUGAAAGUGAUGAAAGUGACUAUCAACCUUACGUUCCAUUAAAAGAGAGAAGAAAACAAAAACUUCAAAACCUAGGCAGGUUUGGUGCAAUUCAUCAAGAAAAAGAAAAAUAUAAAUCUGGAACUGAUAAUGAAAAUGAUGAGUUUGAGGAUGAUUUUGGUCGAAAAUCCAAUGUGAGUCUUUUAGAUCAACAUAAUGAAUUGAAGAAGAAAGCUGAAGCACGUAAAGAGAGUGCAAUUGAAAAACAAUUGAAGGAAGAAGAAAAAAUUUUAGAAAGUGUUGCAGAAAAAAGAGCUCUCAUGGGUGUUGCUGAAUUGGCUAAAGGUAUACAGUAUCAAGAACCUAUUAAAACAGGAUGGCGACCGCCUCGUUAUAUAUUAGCCAUGUCGGAAAAAAGGCAUGAAAGAGUUCGCCGAAAAAACAGAAUCUUAGUGGAAGGAGAUGAUAUAGCUCCACCUAUAAAAACAUUCAAAGAAAUGAAAUUUCCUCGUGGAGUUCUGCAAGGGUUAAAGAAAAAAGGUAUCACUAAACCAACCCCUAUACAAAUGCAAGGUUUACCGGCAGUGCUUUCUGGACGUGAUAUGAUUGGAAUUGCCUUUACUGGAUCUGGAAAAACCCUUGUUUUUGUUCUCCCUAUUGUAAUGUUUGCUAUUGAACAAGAAACGCGCUUGCCUCUGCUGAAAGAAGAGGGCCCUUAUGGACUUAUCAUUUGUCCGUCUAGAGAACUUGCAAAACAGACCUAUGAAAUCCUAACUUAUUUUGGAAAAUGUUUAGCCAAUGAUGGGCUCCCCACUUUGCGAUGUUGCUUAUGUAUAGGUGGAACUUCUGUGAGAGAUCAACUUGAGGUUAUAAAAAGAGGUGUACACAUAAUGGUAGCAACUCCUGGAAGACUAAUGGACAUGUUAGACAAGAAAAUGGUGAAUUUGAAUAUCUGUAGGUACUUAUGCCUAGAUGAGGCUGAUCGAAUGAUUGACAUGGGGUUUGAAGAAGAUGUGAGAACAAUCUUUUCUUACUUUAAGGGUCAAAGGCAAACACUCCUCUUCUCAGCUACAAUGCCAAAAAAGAUCCAAAAUUUUGCUCGCAGUGCUUUGGUUAAACCUGUAACUGUUAAUGUUGGAAGAGCAGGUGCAGCUAGUGCUGAUGUGAUCCAAGAAGUUGAGUAUGUCAAGCAAGAAGCAAAAAUUGUUCAUCUGCUGGAUACACUGACAAAAACUCCUCCACCGGUUUUAAUAUUUGCUGAGAAAAAACGAGAUGUUGAUGCAAUACAUGAAUAUUUAUUGCUGAAAAAUGUUGAAGCAGUUGCCAUUCAUGGAGGCAAAGAUCAAGAGGAAAGGUCUCGAGCUGUAGAAGCAUUUCGCCAAGGUGAAAAAGAUGUUUUAGUUGCUACAGAUGUUGCAUCAAAAGGAUUGGAUUUUGAAAAUAUUCAACAUGUUAUCAACUAUGACAUGCCUGAGGAUAUAGAAAAUUAUGUUCAUCGUAUUGGUCGUACAGGACGUUCAGGCAAAAAAGGUAUUGCAACAACAUUCAUAAACAAAGCUUGUGAUGAAUCUGUUCUUUUGGAUAUGAAGCACCUCCUGAUGGAAGCAAAACAAAAAGUCCCACCAUUUUUGGCUGCGUUACAAUCGGAGAAUGAAAAAUACCUUGAUCUUGGAGAUGAAAGAGGUUGUUCUUAUUGCGGAGGUCUUGGACAUAGAAUUACAGACUGUCCUAAAUUAGAAGCAAUGCAAAACAAACAAGCCUCUAACAUUGGACGAAGGGAUUACCUUGCAAACAACAGUGCUGAUUGGUAGAAUAAAUCCCAAAACUGUACAUAGAAGUAAUUUUGUACAUAAAAUUCAUGUCAUUUAAAUGUACUAUACUAUGAUACUAAAUAAUAAAGCAUU